AUGUUGACUCACGUCAUUUGUGGCGAAGAAACUCAUUUUGUGAGACAAAGAGAGCAGAAAAAAUUGUUCAUAAAUUGUCACAAAAGAGAUCCAAAGAGUGACGAAAUGACUGUCAUAGCGUCAAAACAUUUGAUUCCCGGAGACGUUGUCUUCAAAUGCAAACCAUUGAUGACAAUUGACUGGACUUUCCAUAAGAAUGAAUGCAAAGUCUUCAGAGAGAAGACAAUGACUGAAUCGGACGCAGUAUUGCAACCAUUUCAUCGGCUCUUUCUUCGGAUCAAAAAUGAUAAAACAUUUGCCACUAAAAGACACACUUUGAUCGACGGAUCAGUUCGCCAUAUGUCUGGUGAUGAAACAAAUAAGUCAUUCUUGUGUCCCAAACACGGCUUUCAUCUUCAAAGUAAAUGUGAUCAACAGAUGGAUUGA